AUGGAAUCCGAUGGUGCUCCCAGACUCGACACCAGUCACGGCUUCAUCAAGUCGAUCAUCAAGAAUCAGAUUAAUCGCGAUGAAUAUCACAAAUUCAUGGAAGAGAAGCGCCAGAAAACGGAGAAAACAUUGACCGAAGCGGCCCAACAAGUGAACAAUGAGGCAGCUGGUCCAUCGGGCACACAAAAGAAACGGCGUUCCCAGCCACAACCGGCCACUCAACUCUACAUUCCACCACAUCUUCGGCGACAAGGGAACACGGAUGGAUCGUCUACGUCUAAAAUGUGCAACUCGCCGAAGAGGACCACUUUCUCCACGAACAUCGUCGACAACAUGGAAGAGGAGAAAUUGAGGGAAAAGGCCAGAGCCCGGUUCAAGGAACGUUUCGCUGAGCAACCGUCGAUGAAUUUCGCUCCGUCAACUUCACAAAUCUCCUCUUCGCCUGGCCCAUCAAAACCGCUCUUUUUAUUGACUCUGCGCAGUGAAACAAGCGAGAAUGUCGAUGUGGCCGUGAUGAGUAAUGACAACCCAGCUCGUCUCGCCAAAGAACUCUCCCGAAAACACGGCUACACCGAUGAACAAUGCCGAAAGCUGAGGGAAACACUCGACUACGAGCUGGAGAAAAGGCUGAAUGGAGAUAACGAAAAU